AACACCGGCGAACCACCUGUUGCGCAAAUCGUGACGUAAAGUGUCUCAUCCAAAAGCGCAGUUACGUUGUUAGUCGAUCAGGUGUCCGUCGAAUUAUUCUCUUCAUUCAUGCGCGUACGUGCUGCUGAGUGAAGAACUGUUGGUUAAUCGUCAUGAAGGGCUAUAAGCGUUUCAUCCAGCACCAGCGCAGGUGAAAUUGGUUUCAUCAAGAACUGUUUUGUUGUUCAUCUGGGCUGGAAUUAAUAUGGGUUGCUGUGGAUGUACAUUAGCCACCUCAACUGUUACAGCUGUCGUACUUGGCCUGUUGGAAAGCAUCCUUGGCCUAUCAUGGAACAUUCUAGUCAUUGUCGUCAUGUCACACACGGAUAUCGACGAUAACAACUGUACCAUCAACAAGUCUGUCACUUCACAAAACGCUUCAGAAGACUACACCACGACGCCCGUGCCAAGUACGCAAGACUACAAUCAAGAACACGGUACUCAUUGGGACACUCUACGGUACACACUUCAGAGUAAUUCUGCUGUUUGUCAAGAACAUCUAUUUGAAAUUGUUAUCACUGCCCUCGUUUUGAACUCCUUCUGGCUCAUAACGACUUUGGGUCUUGCAGUCGGUAAUGCAGAGAGAUGCAGAGACAUGUUGAAACCGUGGAUAGGCACAACUGUUGUCAUAACUGUGACUGACAUAGCAGCAACAGUGUAUUUUAUAUUUGGAGCUAUAAAAAGCGUUGAAAGCGGAGAUUUUGAAAUAUCAUUCUUCGAUAAUCUUUUCGUCUUCUGCGCCGUUUUGUUUUCGAGAGGAGGACCUAUAAUUUGGAUAACAAACAUUGCGUUGUGUGUCUUUGUUGCCCAAAGAGUUAAAGAAAUCGAAAUGCUCAAAAACAAGAGAAUGCCCUUUGAUUCAGACUUCAUGCCUUAUUCUCUGAAUCCUCCAUAUGAUGCAUACGAUACUGAAAGUUCCACGAGGACAACCAAGGAUUUACACCCCCCUAUUCCACCUCCUGAUUAUGAAGGGCUUGCUGGAAAAAAACGGCGGCCUUCUUUUUCAUCUGAUCCCGAGACGAUGACUUUGCCCAUCAGUAUGAGCAGUCGAGGAUCGCAAAGGCCCCUCAGUCAGAACAGUUAUCUGUACGACGAUCGUGUGGAAGUACAGCACAGAGCUUCAUGUACAGCAGAGACAGUGCUUCACCAUGCCUACGAGAACAAAGGUCUUGUGAUGGAUACAGAUGGAUGGAUGGGUAUUCCCAGACCUUCAUUGAAGCCUUACCAUCAUUAAAUACAGUUAUCAAAUUUUCUACUUUCAUCACAUGCCGAUGAGUGGGAGCCUGAUGUCAUUUUCUUUACAGAAACAGAAGUAUGGAAGUCCGUACCGGACAUAAAUCUCCAAAAUUGUACAUACGUAUUUUAUCGAAGUUUUGACAAUUAUAGAUAAGCUUUUUUAACCUCGGAUUGAGAGAACUGUUCAUGUUUCUCAUUUCUUCCAAUAAAUGUUUUAUUUUGAUUCA